CGCCCCUCCGAGUCACGUGGGGGAGGAGCGACCCCCACCGGGCCUCUGGACCCAGGUCCCAAAUUCGCUCCGGGAUGGAGCCGGAAGAGGGGACCCCUCUGCGGCGGCUGCAGAAGCUUCCAGCCGAGCAGGCCCCACGGCUUCUUCACAAAAUAGUUGAUGGCAUUUGUGGCCGAAUUUAUCCUCUCUACCAGGAUUAUCAGAGUGUGUGGGAUUCUACAGAAUGGAUGCAUGUUCUAGAAGAUAUUACCAAAUUUUUCAAAGCUGUAGUUGGUAAAAAUUUAUCUGAUGAAGAGAUAUCUCAGCAAUUGAAUGAGUUGAACUCAUUUCAUCAAGAAGCUGUGAUGAAAUGCUUAAAAAGUAGAAAAGGUGAAAUUAAACAGGCUUUGUUAGGAGAAAUAGUUGAUAUUUCCUCUGCACAGCUACAGGAUUUUGAUUGGCAGUUAAAGCUUGCACUUUCCAGUGACAAGAUUGCUACAUUACAGAUGCCACUUUUAAACCUUCAUCUUGACGUAAAAGAAAAUGGUGAAGUCAAACCCUAUUCUAUUGAAAUGAGUAAAGAAGAGCUGCAAAAUCUAAUAAAUUCCUUGGAAGCAGCUAAUAAGGUCAUCCUGCAGUUGAAAUAACUGGAAAUGGUGAAUACCAACAUUAUCAGAUUACACUGCUACAACUGAUAUCAGAGUGAAUACUGUGUGUUCAGAAAACCUGCAAUAUACUAUACGCCAGGCUGAGAGAGCAGCCAUAUUGAGAUUACAAAGAUUAAAAUUUAUCAACUUUCCUGAAGAACAGGAAAUUACAUGGUUGACAGGAAAUGCAUAAAAAAUGAAAGAUAAAAAACUAUAAUAGCAGUUUAUAUUUUCAUAAUGACUCUUAUGCUUUGCUUACUAAAUAUUUGAGAGAUCUUUAUAGGUAUAAAGUUUUACUGAAAACUAAAAAUAGGCUCUAAAGUAAUAUAAAUAUACAAAACACAAAUAAACUUGAAUCUUGCUUAAAGAAGUAUGUGAAUAUCAAGGAUAUGUAUUAUGGAUAUAAAUAACUAAUUUGUGAUACCUAAAAAAAUAACUUUUAAGGUAUAUAUAAGCUGCAUGUGUAACUCAGGAGAUUCCAUAUCUUACUGGUAUUUCAAAGGAAAGAUUAUAAAAUGUAAAAAUUCUUAGAGAAAAGCUCUUCAGACAUGAAUAAGAAAGAAUAAGUCUGUGAACAAUUUUGAGUUUAUGAAUUCUAGAAACAAAUCUUAUACUAAACCAUAGGAAAAGUGUAAUAACACUGCUACUUUUUAUUUCUGAUUGGGAGAAUAUGAGCUUAUAGAAAGAGUAUAUGUCAUUGUAUAAUGUAUAUAUUACUAUUAAAAUGUCAGUUAAGAUUAUAUAUAUAUUUCAAUUUUUGUUAUAAACUCUUAAUGUUGAAUUUAAGUUUUGGAUGUUUAUUGGCAAACAUCAUUUUUAAUUUCAGUCAAGUUUAGAGAUAAGCAUUCUGAACAAAUAAAAAGUACACUUUUAUUAUAUUGCUUUAUUUCAAAUAACUGUCUACCUAACUCAAUGAUAUGUAAUUAAUUGGUACCUGCUGUUUGCAAACUUUGUAGCUUAUUAGAGCAUCAGACCAUUAUAUGAAGUGUCUAGAGCAGCUAUUACUAUUCUCAUACAGAGGAGGACGGGCUUAGAGAGGUUAAAAUAUAUCCAAGUGUGAUCUAGAUGGUGCUCUCAAAAUGUGCCUGUAGACUGAUGCCAGCCCAGGGACUUCAUUAUAGGUCAAACAGAUGAGGAGCUGGUGCUGGAUAUUCAUCAAUAUGCGGCUUUCUUCACUGAGCAAUUAUGGUUAUGGAAAAAAAUACUGGCUGAACUAAAUAGUGUGCUUAGGGGGGUAGUUGAUUUUUCUUCUUGUGCAAGUUCCUUAUGUCAUUAUGGACCAGUAACAGCACUGAGUAAUGCCGACGUGGGGCCGUUCUGAAUUUCAGCCCUCCACACAGUACUUCUUCUGAGAAGGAAAAAGUCUUGUUCUUUCUUAGUCCCCUCUCACUGUAUUAGCAUAUUUAAACACUUUAUUGAAAUCUGACUGAUGUACUAUAAACUGUACAUAUUUAAAGUUUACAAUCUGAUAAAUUUUGAUAUACCCAUAUGUAAACCCAGGAAAGCAAUACCUCAAUCAAGGUGGGGAGCAUAUCAGUCACCCUGACAGUGUCUUUUUAUUCCUUUGUAAUCUCCACUCCUGUGCCCACCCCCUCGGCCCCAGAUCUGCUUCCUGCCACAAAACAUAAUGACUUGUCCACAUUUUUAAGAGUUAUUAAAUGGGAUCUCUUUUUCUUUUUUGUAAUUUGACUCCUUUCAGCAUUAUUUUGAAUUCCUGUUGUUACACAUAACAAUAGUUCAAUCCCUGGCAUUGUUGAGAAGUUUUCUGUUGUAGAAUUCUAUCAUGGUUUGUUUAUCCACCUAUUAAUAGAUAUUUGGGUUUUUUAAAUUUUUGGCUCAUACAGUACACUGAAUGCUGCACACUUGUGUCUGUCUUUAUAUGGACAUACGCUUUCCUACGAAUAAUAGUGAGGAGCAAAAUGGCUGGAUGAUAUGGUAGGUUUAUGUAAUCUGUUCAAGAAGAUGCCAUACUUUUCCAAAGUGAUUUUACCAUUGUACGUUCCAUUCCACAGUCUGUGGGAGUUCCACCUCCACUUCCCUGUCAGCACUUAGUGUAGUCAGUCUUCUUCAUUUCAGCUGUUCUAACAGGUGCGUGUGUCGUGGUAUCCCCUUGUGGCUUUAACAAGGACUAACGACACUGAGCAUCUUUUCAGGUGCUCCCUGCCAUCUGUGUGUCUUCGGCGAAGUGUUUGUUUUGGUCUGUUGUCUAUUUUUAAAUUAGAUUGUUUUCUUACUGAGUUUUGGACAUUCUUUAUAUGACCUGGAUACAGUCAUUGUCAUAUAUUUGUCUUGUAUUUUUUUUUCCAAUCUGUAGUUUGUCUUUUUCUGUAAAUAGACUUUAUUUUUUUAGAGCAGUUUUAGGUUUACAAAAAUAUUGAGUGCAUGGUACAGUGAGAUCCUGUGUACUACAUGUGCAGUUUCCCAGAUUACUAAUGUCUUAUAUUAGUGUGGUACAUGUGUUAUAAUUAAUGACUUACUAUCAAUACAUUAUUUUCAACUAAUUUUCACAGUUUAUUCAGACUUCCUAAGUUUUUACCUAUGUCAUUUUUCUGUUCCAGAAUUCCAUAUCAUAUUUAGUUGUCAGGUCUCCUUAUGCUUCCUUUGCUGUGAUAGUUUCCCAGGCUUUCCUUGUUUUUAAUGACCUUGACGGUUUUGGGGAGUGUGGGUGAGAUCUUUUUUAAGAUGUUCCUCUGUUGGAAUAUAAUGUUUUCCUCAUGUUCAGAUUGGGGUCAUGGGUUUUGGGUAGGAAGACCACAGAGGUGAACGGCCAGUUACAUUACAUCAUGUCAAGGGUCCCUACUGUUAACGGGAUUUAUGAUGAUGUUGACUUUAAUGACUUGGUGGAGGUAGUGUUUGAUAGGUGUUUUUCACUGUAAAGUUACUCUCUUACUUCUCCUUUUUCUAUAGUGUACUCUUUGGAAGGAGGUCAUUCUGUGUAGCCAGUCCAAGUGGUCUGAUUUUCUGUCCAGUCUGAGAAUCAGCUAUUUCUCCAAGAUACCCUGGUUCAUUUUACUAAAGAAUGGUAUUAGAUAUCAAGCUAGGUGUGUUCACUGCUAUUGGGGCAUUGUUUUUCUAAGGCCCUGUCAGCUGACAGAAUCAAAAUUGUGUAUGUGUAAACUACCCUGUGUGCAUACACAUAUCUAUAAAUACUUGUUUAUAUAACCAUCUAUAUAUUAAACUACACAUGAGUUCAU